UGAAGGGAGGCCAAAUUGAGACAUCAGGAAGUAAGUCGAGCAGUGCGGAGUCCAGUCUUUUGAAGCUGAAAUGUUUAAGAUAAGAGAAAUGUCAGCAUGAACAGCCUAAUCAGGACCUAUUGGCCUAUCUGAAAACAGUCCGGAACCUGCCCCACUGGUCCCAUGUCGGAUGGCACCGAAAAUUACCCCGUGACUGCCCACCCAAUCCUCCACAAAUGAUGGACUCAGAAAGUUUAACUUUUCAAUGCACCAUGGAUUCUGACAUUAGACGAGUGGCAUCAUUGAAGAAGGACGUUUUAUUCCUACAAAAACAGCACAGAGAAACACUGAGGAAACUGCAUGAGGAAAUCGAAGAAUUAAAACGUGAAAAUAAAGAACUGCACUAUCAAUCGAUAAUGGAGCCACAACAAUCUGAAGUAUCUCCAAGAUGCAGAUCUCAAACACAACAGCCCAGCUACACAGAGCAGACCAGCCAUCCUCUGCAUGGUCUGCCAUCUCCAUCAGCAAAUCUAAGAGUGGAUACAGCAAGCACAUCUCAUCUUUUAAGAUCCGAUUUAAAUGCAAAAUCAAAAAGGGGGUUGAUCACAUCCUUGCUUCCCCUGCGGAUUGAUGGUGGUCCAUUUCACUCCCCCUAUGCCCCCACCCUGCAGGAGUGUGAGGUCAUCAUCAGACAGCUCUGUAAAAACAACAACUUGCAGUCCCAGGAGCUGCUACGUGUGAAGGCCAUCCUCAAAGACAUAAUAGUCAACAACAAGAAAAUGUCCCAAGAGGCUUACACACUGACCAAGGCCUACCCCUCUGAUGCAGACAGAGACAAAGACAUUGGAAUGUUUCCAAAACUACCUCUCAAGUCGCUGCCAAAAAAACUGCCCCCAGCCUCGAUUGGCAUGAGAGAAAGAGUAAUCUUGCCAGCCAUCAAACAGAGCCUAAACUCCAGAAUAGCAGAGAGGCAGAAGAAGGCACAAGCUGUGCUGAGAUCCCGUCAGAGAAGAGUGGUGCAGUAGGACACAGCAUUAUCAUCACAAAAUAUGCAUCCCUCAGUUUUGAACUGAGUGUGUUGUCUGUGAAUAAAGUAAAGGUGUAAAGUCUGUGAAU